AUGUUGGCUCACAUCGCGUGGCCAGCUAUCCCUUUCUCAAAGCACUGGCCGUCAGGGCACAGGCCCAUACGCCUCCUGCUGCUCCUUUCUCCAGUUCGUCUUCCUCCUCUGGAUCGAGACCUUGGAGCCUGCUCCAUGGACCUGUCCAUGGAAACGGAGGGCGAUUCCGAACAGAGGAUUAGCCGCGGGCAUGCGGGCAAUACUGGUGCUGCCCGGCCUAUAGAGUCCCAGGAUUCUAUCAGCGUCGCCGAGGCUGACAUUCGCCGUGCAGGGGACCUCCGUAGCGGUGGUGGAGAUGCCGGAUUUCUUGGCGAGGACCCGCUCUUGCAAGUUUGUUCGGAGGCUACGAGCGGAUGGACACGCAGGGUAAGGAUCAGAAAGGCCCCCGCUGAGCGUGAGCUCAACCUGAACCGGAAAAGUGCCCUUGAAUUGUCCAUGAGGGCUUUCAUAUUGAAAAGAGAUGGCAAUGUUGUCAACCCAGCUGUCGGGACCUCUUUUGAUUCAUUGGAUGAAGCCUAUCAAUUCUACAAUUUAUAUUCGUGGGAGCUUGGAUUUGGUAUAAGGUAUUCGAAAAGCAGGCUAAAUGUGGAGUGGGUGAAGUGCAUGCAGGAGAUAGUCUGUGAAUGUGCGGGUAAACCGGAGAGGGAGAAUACAAGAUCAACAUGGAAAGGCAGCUUUUUGCACGUCGGGACGUGA